ACUGUAAACCAGGGGCGGACUGACCAUUCGAGCACUCGGGCACUGCCCGAGGUCCCGGGGUCAGUAGGGGGCCCCAUGAAAUGCCCCUGGUACCUUUUUAUAGGCUUUUUUUUGGAUGUGCUUUGAGUGUGGGCAAGAACACAGGGGCCCCAUUAUCCCCUAUUGCCUGGGGGCCCCAUGAGUUGUCAGUCCGACCCUGCUCCGAAAUGUGUAAUACUGUCCUUCCACUGGAUCUUACCAUGUAGCCAAUAAAGCUUUU